GAUCUUGUGACGAAGCCACAGUUUAUUGUAAACGAUCUGAUCUACAAUGACUUUGAUCAAGGCAAUCUCGGAAAUUGCUGGUUUAUUGCUUCAGUUGCCUGUUUGGCUGCGUCCAACCACAGAGAUAUUUUGCACAAAAUUGUUCCCAGAGAUCAAAACUUUGACAAGGAUUACAUUGGUGCAUUUCGUUUUGUGUUCUGGAAAUAUGGGAAAUGGGUUGAAAUCGUUGUUGAUGACAGGCUACCAACCUACAAUGGCAAGCUGAUCUAUGGCAGCAAUAGAAAAACUCCCAACGAGUUCUGGUGUCCACUGUUGGAGAAGGCCUUUGCCAAGCUUCAUGGAAACUAUGACAUCAUUGAUGGUGGAAGGAUCCACUCCUCCCUAGUUGACCUGACUGGAGGCAUGGGGGAAAUGGUUCCUCUAAAAGACAGCAUCAACGACUCCAACCUUAAAAACAUCAUUCUCAACUGCUCCAAAAUGAACAGCAUUAUGGGAAGUGCUAUUUUUAACCAUCAAGUUGUCCCUGGAGAAAGGGAAGUAAAACGUGAUAAUGGGUUGUAUGAAGGACAUGCAUAUGCCAUCAUUAGAAUUAAAGAGGUAUCCACAAAAGUUGGCAAAACAACAUUGUUACAUAUAAGAAAUCCAUGGGGGCGUGGAGAAUGGAAAGGUGCUUGGUGUGAUAAGUCAGCGGAAUGGAACACACUCCCCAAAGCAGACAAGGAUGCAACAUUUCAAUCAGCUGACGAUGGAGAAUUUUGGAUAAGUCUGGAAGAUUUCAGAAUAAAUUUUGAUGAGCUAGAACUUUGUCACCUUUCCCCUGAUGGACUCACAGAUGAAAUUGCAAAUAAUUUGGAAUUGACUCAAUGGCAGAUGACAGAACACUAUGGUUCAUGGGUUACUGGCCUUUCUGCUGGAGGGCCACCUGUCAGCUUUACGUCCAAAAAAUUCUGGACCAAUCCCCAAUUUGAUCUGAGUCUGGCAAAAGCUAAGAAACCCACACCUGUUGUCAUUUCUCUGUUUGAAGUGGAUAAUUUGCUCAAAAGACGAGCGGAAGAAAUUAGCAUUGGUUUUGUUAUCUUCAAACUUCAAGAUAGCCGUAAGCCUAAACGAAUCACUGCUGAAAACUUCUAUGAAUACACGCCUCGUCUUGUAGAAACUUCUGGACCUUACUGGCCAUAUAGGGAGAGAACUAUCAGAUAUGAGCUUGAACCAGGAGAGCAUGUCAUUGUGCCUUGUACCUUUAAGACAGGGCUGGAGGCGGAGUUUUAUAUGCGAGUAUUUUGUCAAGAGGAUGUCAAAUCAAAGCCCAUUGAACAACCAAAGCCCAAUAUUGAUAUAGUUCCAAUGUCACCUAAGGAUCUUACAGAGGCAGCACUCAGCAAAGCAUUUGAUGGAUGUGCAGGCAAAGAUGGUCAGAUAGAUGCUGCUGAUCUAGUGCUUGUCUUUAAAGCAGCUUUAGAAGCAGGUGAGGGAAACACAAAGGGAUUCAAUAUUGAAACCUGUCGCUGUUUAGUUGGCUUAUCAAAUACUCAGUCAUCAAAAGGUCUGAUUGAUAAAGAUGGUGUCAGUAAAGUUUGGAUGGAUCUUCAGAACUGGAGGAAAGCUUUUACUUUAAUUGACAAAGACAAGAAUAACUCAGUUGAUAGCAGUGAACUUCAAAAGCUGUUUGAAGUUAUUGACUUCAAUGCCGGACAGGAAGCAGUGAAUGCACUGAUGAAGAGAUAUGGCGGCCGCAAUGGUAGAAUCUCAGAAGAGGACUUUCUGCAGGGAUUUUGCAAGACAAUGCAACUUCUAAGGACUUACAAAGAACUUGAGACCAACAGAAAAAUUAAUAUGGACUUAAAUGAGUGGAUAUCAGUGGGAUUGAGGACUUGAAGAACAUAAAGUUAAGCUACUAAAAGGAACAAAAGGAUGUUAUAUUUUGUUUUCUACUAUUUGAUUAUAUUUUGUAAGAUUUUUUAAAUAAAAAUAUUAAUGUCACAAAUGCUUGGCAAAUUUAAUUAAUUUUUUUACAGUUUUAUAUAAAUAUUAAAAUCAAAGUGUAUUUGUGUUAAUCCAAGGAACUCAUAGACUGAGUAAUAGACAGACAAGUCAGUAACAAUAACUCUAACAUCAGCUCUUUAAAUGGGAGAUAAAUAAUUAGUAAAAACAAAAGUAAAGGCCCCAGUUUUAUUCAGUUAUUGGCUGGUGUACAUGAGUAUACAAAAAUUUGUUGUUAGAAAUGCUUUUAUUAGAAAAUUUAGAUAUCAAUAUAUCAUUUUAUAAUUGAAAAUGAUAGCAUUUUUAAAUUAUACAACUAGUAAAGAAGAUGGUGGUGUACAUUAUGUUUGUUUCUAAUUUGUAAAGCUUGUAGUGAAUAUGUAUUUUAUAAAACUAGUAAUUAUUGGGGUCAGUUAGUAGUCUUAUGUAUAACUGUGAUGAGAUCAAAGGUUCCUGUACAUAGUUAGAACUGUCAUGUUAUGCAUACCUUAAGAUGAUGUAUAUAUUUUUUUAAUUGCUUGCCAUGCUACUUGUAGUUUGGUUCAUAAUUGCUGAGAUGUAUGUAUAAAUUUGUAGUAAUUGUGAGCUUGUGGUAUUAUAUAGCUGGUACCUUACUGAGUGUAGUUUUUAAAAUAUCAGGUACAAAAUAAUCAUAUGUGGUUAGUGAUAUAUUUAGCUAAUUUAAGUGUUGAAUACACUUCUAUCAGGUGUUAUAGCUUGGUGAGUAUGAUGUGUAUGUACUUUUAUUUAUAGGUAUUUCUAUAAAGAUUUUUCUUCUAAAUUACAAAAAUUUCUUUAACUGUGAACAACAUGUAUGAAGAAAGACUAUGUAAAGGCCUAUCAUGUAACCUCAUUACGAUUAAUGUUUUUGUCAUAUUUCCAUUUGAUAGACACUCCCUGUGUUCAUUCUCAGCCACACAAUUGUUCUAUUUUAAAUUAUGUUCAUUAGUGAUUGCCACGUAAUUCCCCAAUUUUACAUCCCCCCCACCCCACCUGGGUGGCCUGGCCCACUCGUCUUACAGGAAAAUUUCAGGUGGGUCCCCAGGAAUGGUGCCAUAAUAGUCCUAUUAGUGGUUUGAUUUAAAAAAAAAAAAACUUUUGUCAGUAUUUCUCCAUUUUACCAUUUCCAUUCCUCCAUAACAAGGCGUAAAAUUCAGGCUUUAAUGGAGAAAACAAUGAACUAUGAACAUUUUGAUCCAUCCCUGCCCUAUACACACUUACCCACCCACGGUCAGAGAUCACAAAAAUUUAGACUCGCCCAGAAAUAAAUAACCAUAACUCUGCUAAAAAAUCAACACCAAUUUAUUUUUAAACAUUAAUUCGACUACACAUUUUCUUGAACCCCCCCCCCCCCCCCCCCCUUUUAAUCCACACAUAGCAAAUGAUCACUGAAGGCAAACUAAUGCAGUGAUGUUUAUGGAUGACUCUUAAUGUAAUUAUUUUGUAUAUUUCUAACCACUCUUUUACAAUUAUGUUGAGCAUAGUUUUUGACAACAUAUUUUAACUUUUGUUUUAACAUUUACCUGAGUCUCUGGAGUUAAAUUUUUAAACAGAAUGGGGUAGUUUGUAUCUCAUAAAUAUAUUAUACAUUUUAAUAGAUACAUUAUUUAUGAUGUAAUAGGUGCUUUUAUAAUUAAACCUUUUAUUUUUUAAUGGUGGUUUUUAUUCUUGAUUAUGUAAAUAGCUACACAUGCAUGUUAUGGCAUGUAGACUUCUAUUGGAACUGUUAACUUUGUAGCUCUUUGCAUUAUCAAAAUCGCAUAUGCUAAGUCAUCAACAUUUCCCGCAGUAAGUCAUUUCCAAUAGAAAGCAAUGCAAGAAAGCAUGGGCAUGCUUGUCCCAUUGUAUAUAACUUUUGAUACGUUUGAGUUUCGAAAAGAACAUUCAACUUGUACUUGUUCCAAAAAUUAAAAAUUAUAUUCUGAAUCCAACAUUUACAUUUGGAAAACUUUUUACCAUCUCUAU